CGCAGUGAUGAACGAAUCAUAGGUGCCGUGGAGCAAACGUCUAUCCAAUGCGCUGGAUGAGCAGCUUUCAAAGGUUGACUCCACACCUAGCCUUGCUGCAAGGUAUGGUGUUGCAAAGGUCACUGCCCCCUUGACCAUGCACGUCCCUUUUAGUAGCAAUGCUUCGGGUAGAAAUGGACGAAGGGCCUCGCACAUUCACAUCCUUUUAAAACUGGUGGGCUGUCCGACGCAGUUCGCCCUCCCACUGCUUCAUAGAUGUAUCUUGACGUCAACCAUCGGUUAGAUUCAACAUGGUGGUAGCGUCGGAGCGAAGCGCCUUCUUGAGCGACCAGCCAUUAGAUUCUCGCAGAAAUCAUCUGUCAACAGCCUCGUUAUCAGAUGUCUCCUCAAUCCAAUCCUCGACAUGGGAGGGAAACAAUGACGCCGUGAGCAGGGCGCGUAGCCCUUCUCCUGAAUUCGAUUACAUCGACCACGAUCGCCAAAACAACCCAUCAGCGGAGGGAAGAGACGAUGCGCAACUCAAGGGCGGUGUCCCCGCAAACGCGAGACCUCCGUCGGCGCACCCAUCAGACUCAGAUCCAUAUCUUCUUGGCUCGACGACAGAGCGGAAACAGAACCGCUUGGCAAGCUGGCUGCCUCGUACAUUUGGGCAUCUCUAUCUGGGUGCGCUGAGUAUUCUGGCCUUGCUUUUGUGCCUAGUCGUCAUCCUCUUGCUCUGGCGAUCCGAGACAAAUUAUGGCUUGGGGAACGAUCAUGGGACCUCCGCCGUUCUUUUUGGCUGGAGAUUCAGCCCGACCCUAGUGGCUGUGAUUUAUAUCCAGUUUACUGCCAUGCUAUUUGACGACGUGAAGCGAACAGAGCCUUACGCUCGACUAGCACGACCAGAAGGUGCAGCGGCAUCGCCAAGUAUUCUCCAAGCUCCCGAGGUCUGGUGGAAUGCUCUUCGCGAUGGCUUCUCAAAAAAGAAAAACGGGGGUCGUGUUCGAAGCUGGAUUCUCGUGUGUGCCGCGCUAGUCAACGUUCUGGGAUUUCUAGUCAUUUCACCCCUGUCAUCAGCAUUACUGACCUCUGAAGAUGUCGCCGUACCACACGACAGAGAGUUUGCUCGCCUGACGCCGCGGUUCAAUUCGCCUUUAUUUCUUGAUACGGAUCGUACCACUCGCUUUCGAACAAUCAGUCAUGCUCUCCAGAAUGUAUCGACGUCCCCGUGGAUCACAGACAACUAUACUAUGCUUCCAGUGUGGCCGGCCGAUUGGCCAAGCGUUCCUAUUGGCUCGUUGUCGUCGACUUCUUCUCAGUCAUGGCAGGUUGAGACGACAGUGUUUAGAAGUAAUCUCACUUGCGACAAGAUGUCGCUGGAGCAUACUUCUGGAUAUGAUAAUAAAACCGAUAUCACUCUUCUCUGGUCCUCUCCUGCUGGAUGCACUUAUCGACUUCACGUUCAAGGAGACAACAUGUUCAGUAUCGGUGGCGGCAGCUGGUCCAAUGCAUCGACGUUCAUUUACACAAACUAUUUGCCAUAUGUAGACCCAGGCUCCAAUUGGUACCAGGUCAACAACACAGGAGACUGCCGAGGGCAUGAGAUUCUACUUUUGAGCGAAUCUUGGAGGAAAAAGCCGCAGGCGGCCUACAGCGCCCAUCUUUGCACCACGAAGUACUAUAUGGCCAAUGUAACAGCCUCGGUCGAUCUGUCUAGUAACGAGCCCUCCAUCUCAUUUGAUGAAGGCGAGUAUAAUCGAAGAAAGACCCUGAUUCCCGAAAGGUUUCUGAACACCACGCAACUGAAUGAACUUGCCCUCAGUUCUUACUGGGCGAGCUACAUGAUCUCGAUGCUCUAUCAGAACGACAUGCCUAUCCUGGGUGGGCCCGCAAUUCUUCUCGGGGCUAGCUACGGGUUCAAUGUGACAGACAUCCUGCAUGACCCGAACCUGAUCCAGCGAGCCGGAGAAAUCAAGCAACGCUUUUUCGGCGAGGCACUGCAAGCCUCUGCCACUCAUCAGGGCGCAUCUCAGAGUGUGCCUGCCAGUGGCCAAGUCACUGCUUUUGAGAAACGAGUUGUUGUUGUGAAGGGUACCGCAAUUACGUUGGCUGUUCUACUUUUUCUCUCGUUCUGUCUCUUGCUUGUUGUCUGGCGGUGCUCACGACUGCGGCAAAGACCGUUGAAUUUGAAAGCCGACCCUGCCACAACAUCUGAAGUGGCCAGUUUGGUGACCCAUGAUAGUCAAAUCAGAUCAGCUUUCAGUGGCCUCAGUGUGACACCAAAGAAGGAAAUGGAGAAGCUCUUGCAAGGGCGUCGUUACCAGACGGAGCCCCAAGCACUCUUCGAAAUACAUGACGACAAUUCCGAGCCUAAUGGGACAUCCCCCGAAGUAUCAAAGUCUGAUUCUGCUCGGCCGUCGUCUUGGAUUCCUGGAGUGCUCCGUCUCAUGACACUUUUAGGCCUGGUGAUCUCGCUUGCUGCCGUUAUUGUCGGUAUCGCCGUGUUGUAUUACUUUGCUGAAGAUUCUCAGCUCUACCAGAAAUUCUUCGUCUACCAGGCCAACAUCUCGAUCUUCAAUAAGAACAUUCCCGCGGUAGCGCCCUUUUCAAUCAUCCCAACCCUGAUAGCAGUUGGAAUUGGCCUAUGGUGGAGCGCCAUCGACGAAAACUUCCGUCGCCUCCAACCUUUCCUUGCAAUGUCAAAUGGCCAGCCGAAAUUUUCACAGGGCGUCAGCCUGUCAUACCAGUCGUCCUACUGGGUGUGGGCGGCCACUAAAGCGGCUAGAAAUCAACACUGGUUAUUAUUCUUGGUCACACUGGGGGCGACCUUGACGCCAAUUUUUACCACAGCCAUGUCUGCAUUGUUUGAACGGGAAUCUGGCAAUAUCGCGCAAACACUUACCCUUCAGCGUGGGCUGGAAAUUCGUCGGAUUCCUUUCCUCUUUGAGACGAGACAAUCUGAAAUCAAUCAUGAGCCUGAUGAGUAUGCAGCGAGGAUUGUCGGAGACCUUUUCCAAAACCUAUCCACGCAUUGGAUGUACACUGCCUCAAACCAGCUCAUUCUGAAUGGCUCCCAACCAGCCUGGAGCAAAGAUGGCUGGAGCUUUGUUCCCCUUGAUUUGAGCAAUGCCACCGACUCUUUAUCGAGCGUUGGCAAGAACGCUUCAUCCUCAGACCUCGGACGAAAUUUGAAUCAGCAGAGCGCAACGCACGCGUCUCCAUUCAAUGUAUCCUUUACCACACCCGCCAUUCGAGGUCGUAUUGAGUGCAGUAGUUACGGUGCCAAUGAUCUUCGCAACCUCUCUUCUUGGCUCUCUUUAUGGAACCCUGGUCCAAACGAUACCGUUGUCCCCGAGGGCGUUUCGGGGUUUGAACUAGGUGCACCAUGGGGAAACCAGGACUCUCCAGGCAUGAUAUUUCCCCCAGAGCCAGGACGUAACUGGACUAAUUGCGAGCACUGUACUUCCAUUUACGUCAAUCCUUCUCAGAUCAUAUGCUGUGGCAAUUCAACCAGUAGUCCAUCCGACUCAAAUGUUGCGGUUGGCUACUGGUCCCCGAAUCUUAGCCCAUAUACAUGGACGCCACGAACAUGGGGGCAUAACUUUACGGCCAAAUGGUUUACUGGGACCGCUACACCCGUCACUCUGACCAAGGGAAUCUCCGAUCCUAUGGACCGCCUUGUGUUCAGCCAGCCGCCCAACACCGUCGUGAUGAAUUGCAUGCCGUUGGUUGAGAGCGCAGAUGCUAGGAUCACAGUAAACCCCAGCACUGGGGAUAUCCAGACUUUUAGCAUUCUCGAUGAACCAGAGACCAUGGAUGAUGCCUUUUCGGAUAACUUCUUGGUCCAUAAUGGAACGCACAGAGAUCCAGACGACCUAGGGUACUUAGUGUUCAACGCCACCAUAAGCUACGGCCGCCUCUUCAUGUCUUCCAUGCUCACAGCUGCAAGUACCCUGAACCUUGCAGGCAACCGCGUCAUAGGCUUCACGACCGAAAACACAGACGAUAAUACUUACACAAUCCGCGACGAAACCAAUGGCCUCAACAUGGAUUUUAUGACCUACUCCAUGUACUCGCUCGCUGGCAAAGACCCCUCCGCGCUCAUCGAUCCGGACACCUUCCUCAAGUACGCCUCGCAAACCUUCACCACCUUCUUCCAACACUUCGCAAGCAACAACAUCUCCCUCACAACAGGCAGUUGGGCCUACCAGCCCAUCAACGCCAGCUUACCGCACGACCUGGCUCCCGCCGUCGACGACAUCUUCAUGCCCAGCUCCGAGCCCGCCGCGACUCAGGAUGUCAUCCACCCAAUCUCCCACACCAACCGCACCGUAACAGCACGCGCAACCCGCCGCGUUGAGCUCCUGCGCAUGAAUGACGUCGCAGUGGGGCUGAGCAUCGGCAUCCUCGGCUGGUUGAUCCUCACCACGGCCGUGGUCGCACUGCUUCAACGGCGCUUCCUCGGCCGCAUGAUGCGCAACGUCGACUGCAUGGGCGACGUCCUGGUUCUCAUUGCGGGCAGCGAGAAUUUGAUCCGAGUGGUCAGGGAGGUUCAAGCUGGGCGAGCAUCAGCAGAGGAUACUAAAAAUCUCCGGACGAAACUAGGAUGGUUUUUGGAUCAGAACGGUGAGGUGAGAUGGGGUAUUGAGUUGGAGAGACAAGCUCUCGGUGGUCCAGAGGUUGAAUGGCUGGAUGGUCCCCAGGACAAGCCGGAGAAUCAUGUCACGACGGCGCCGAAAUAGGUCUGU